AACAAGCGUCGCGGUAAGCGGCCAAUCAGCGGGAGCGGGAGGGUGUGGAUUUCAGCCCCAAUGUUAGUUCCGUCAACAGUCCUGCAGCUGCCCGGGUUCCGUCAGGGAAGCCAUGCCAUUUUUGGGCCAAGACUGGAGAUCUCCAGGAUGGAGAUGGAUUAAAACAGAAGAUGGUUGGAAAAGAUGUGAGUCCUUCAGUCCAGAACUUGAGGAUGAGAACAGCCAGCUCAACAACAACAUCAGUCAUGCUGUCAUCUUAACUGAUGAUGAAGAAGAAGAAAUAUACAGAACUGAAGACUGUGAAUUUGCAGCCAAGAAAAGGAAAAAAGAACAUUUUUGGAAUAACACAAAAUCACAAUGUUUUUAUAGUGAAAAAUGGAUCUAUGUUCACAAAGAAAGCACCAGAGAAAGACAUGGCUAUUGCACAUUGGGAGAAGCUUUUAAUCGCUUAGAUUUUUCAAGUGCAAUUCAGGACAUCAGAAGGUUCAAUUAUGUGGUCAAAUUGUUGCAGUUAAUUGCAAAAUCUCAGCUAACCUCAUUGAGUGGUGCAGCACAGAAGAACUACUUUAAUAUUUUGGACAAAAUUGUACGAAAGGUUUUGGAAGACCAACACAAUCCACGCUUAAUCAAAGAUCUUCUUCAGGAUCUGAGUUCUACUCUCUGUAUACUAAUUAGGGGAGUAGGGAAAUCUGUGUUGGUGGGGAACAUCAAUAUUUGGAUUUGCCGAUUAGAAACUAUCCUUACAUGGCAACAACAGCUAAAAAAUCUUCAGAUGAACAAGCAAGUCAACAAUGGUCUCACGCUCAGUGAUCUCCCUCUGCAUAUGCUGAAUAACAUUUUAUACAGGUUCUCAGAUGGCUGGGACAUUAUUAUGCUAGGUCAAGUGACCCCAACACUGUACAUGCUCAGUGAAGACAGGCAGUUGUGGAAAAAACUUUGCCAGUACCAUUUUGCAGAAAAACAGUUCUGUAGGCAUUUGAUCCUGUCAGAAAAAGGUCACAUUGACUGGAAGUUGAUGUACUUUGCACUUCAGAAAUGUUAUCCAAUAAAGGAACAAUAUGGGGACACAUUACAGUUUUGUCGACAUUGUAGUAUUCUGUUUUGGAAGGACUACCACCUUGCUUUGUUACUCAAGGAUACAGGGCAUCCCUGCACAGCCAAUGAUCCAGACACCUGUUUCAUGCCAGUUUCUCCGCAGCACUUCAUUGAUCUCUUCAAAUUUUAAAAGGACAGAAUCUGCCUAAAAUUCUCAGUCCAUUCAACACUUCCAAAAUGGAUUGUUGUAAUUUGCUAUAUGCGGGGCUGAAUGUGGACACUGGGCGGAGACUCCAGUUGGUGCAGAAUGCAGCUGCCACCUUCUCUACAGAACAGACCACCAUACAUACAUAACCUUUGGGCUCCAAUUACUCCACUGCACCUGUGCCACUUCCCGCAGCUCCUAUUGGCCAGGAAAGGUGAACCGUGGCCACUGGGAGCUGCGAGCGGCCGUACCUGUGGACACUCAGGUAAACAAAGCGUCUCACAGCCUGCCAGGGCUUACCCUGAUCAAACCGCGAACCAAUAGUCCUCCAAUACUCACAAUGCACUGAACUCUUUUUUGUCUGUCCCUUACCCCAUCAAUAAAGAUCCUUGUCACCCCAUUUUCACCAGUAGGCACAAGCUGUGCUGACCCCACUAGAACAGUUCUCCACUGCACAUCAACAUGGAGCCUGUUCUGAGAGCAGCCACCUGGCCCCCAAUCAGUGUGUGACUGGGGUACAGCAUCCUCCACAACUUCUCCUGGAGCAACAGGCUCGUGGAGGUGGGCAAACAGCAGACUCUGGUCUAGCGCUGGGAACACAUGAAGCAUGUGAGGCUCUUGUACAGGAGAGUAAAGACUCCAACAGUCACUCUGGGAAGGUGCCUCGUUCAUGCCCCUUCUAUGAUAAGCUGGACCAGAUGCUGUCCAGGGCUGCCAGUGCAGAGCCUGAAGUUGCACACAACCUCCCUCCCGCACCACUGCCCAACCCUGCCAGCCUCAUUGCUGGGAUGCCAGUGGAGGCCAGGAUGAGGUGGCAAUAAGGACCACAGAGUUGGUCCUUGAAGACUUGCAGGACAUAGAGCAUGUGAUUCUGCUCCCUCUAUCCAGAGAAGCUGGUUGAUGAAAUCUACACGCACCCCAUCCCCAACAAACCUGAACCACAGCAGGACCUAAGGCUGGGGAGUUAGAAUGGACUCCCUCACCCUCCCUGACAGUAUCCCCUCUUGCUCUGGUGCUAUAGUCCUGAUUUUAAGUCCAGCUCCCCACUCCACUUCCACCUUCACAGGGCCCCUGAGCAAAACCCAGCUAUAAAUUAAUGAUUUUACUGAUUGCCAGUUAGCAAUUAUUAUGCAUUUUGCAGAAGCAGAUCAACAAACAAUCUUUGUUCAUUUCUCAGCCAACAUGCAGGCAGUGAUGGUCCUGGUUCUGUGUGGAUCAGAGGAAGAGAGAGUGGGUUUAGAAAAAUCUCAGUUGGGGUCAUUAUAGAAAACUUAUAGUGGUUUGUCUAAAGUUAGCAACAGCUGUCUUUUUUCCCUUGGAAGAUUUACACAGUUUCAGUUCAUCUCCCAGCCAUGCCCGAUCAUGCUGUCCCCUUACAAACAGAAACCACACAAGAAUGGAGGCAGGGGUUGAGGUGGCAGAUGGGAGUUAGGCCCAGGAAGGAGAAGAGAACACUUUUCGGUUGUCUGAGGAAAAAAGUUAGUCACAACAGUCCUUUCUCACUUAGACUCAGGAAUAGUAAAAAUUCUGUCGUCUUCUGUCAUUGCCCCACACUGAGACAUGCUGCAUGAAAUGGGGCUGAGAGCAGGAUCCUAAUUGGCAGCUGCAUAAACAAGAGGGUGUCUCUUUGCAGUGGCGAGGCAAGAGUGACCUGGUGCUGACUUGAAAUGUCAGGGAACAAAAAUAAAGUUGUACUGUGUCUUUUUCUUUCCCUGUUUAAUUCAGCAGGCACAGGGGCAAGAUUUUGUGGUGAUGCCAGGGUGGAUGAGAGGGGGUGGGCAUCGUUCCUGGUUCAUAUUUCCCUUUCCAUCAAAGCUCCGUAUGCUAGCUGAGAACAUAGUCUAUUUCCAAUGGACUUGCCUCCCAGUUUUGGAAGCAUAUUCCAGUAAACUUUUGGUGUAGCAGAAACUCCAGCUGCAUCUUGAGCUUCAGUUGAGGUGUAAAUUGUUUUGGUCCAUUGUUGUAGGUGACUAAACCCCUCCAUUCAGCAAUAUGUAGGGGGUGCCUGUUAAUAUAUGGGUCUGUCUGUUUGCCUGGAAUAGAAUUUUGAUACUAAUAUGUGUAAACAGAGGACAAAGGGCUUCUGCCUAGUCAGAUGGAAUUGUUAGUACAAUGGGAAUAGAUAAGAGCAGUUAAAGUGUUACUCAGAGCACACUUUAAGAUUGCCUCAACCCCUAUCUCAAAGCAAAAUCAAGCAACCAGUCGGGAGGGGCAAAGGGACUUUGGGGGCAAGGUAUAAAACACUAACAGACCAAAGAAAUGCCUGUCCCUGACCCGGAGCACAACCUCAUGCCUUACCCCUCCCAUGGGGUACAAAAGAGGUGGGAUGAAGACCCCAGACCCAAAAUGGAACAUGACCCUAAGAUGUAAGGGGUGGGACUCUGGGCAUGCAUUUCAGGUAUAAUUAUGCCUCCUGAGGAGGGGGGAUGAGACACUGGGAAACAAGGCUCUGCAGCAUCAGAGUUAUAGAACACAUGUUCGCUGGAAACUAACCCCAA